AUGUCGACACUUUAUUAUACAUUGGAUAAUACAGUUUUUCGAAAUUUUUCAUUUUAUGCAGUAGCAUCAACUCUUAAAAUGAUGAUAAUGUCACCACUAACUAUUCGACAACGAUUUCAAAAGAAUGCAUUUGCUAAUCCUGAAGAUAUUCAACCAGAAAAAAGAAAAACAAUUCAACCAACUACGUCAGAUUCUGAUGUUGAACGUGUUCGUCGUAAUCAUUUAAAUGAUGUUGAGAAUAUCAUUCCAUUUGUAUUAAUUGGAUUUGGUUAUAUUGCUUGUAAUCCUAAUCCUACCUUAGCACUUUGGCAUUUUCGUAUCUUUUUUUUCUCACGACUUUUUCAUACAUUUGCCUAUCAAAUUCCAAUACGACAACCAAGUAGAGCUUUAAGUUUUUUGGUUGGUUUUGUUGUUACUGUAUCGAUGGCUGCUCAAAUUCUUUUUCAAGUUUAUUAA